AUGUUCACAGCUAUAACAAUCCGGAUACAAGGAUCCUCUGGUUAUGGACGUGUGGAAAUAUUACACAAUGGGCAGUGGGGAACAAUUUGUGAUGAUUCAUGGGAUAUAAAUGAUGCCAGGGUUGUAUGUCGUCAACUUGGUUAUCUAAAUGCUGUUAAAGCACUACAAGGGAGCCUUGUUCCUGAUGGUACUGGGCAGAUAUGGUUAGAUGAUGUUAGCUGUACUGGGAGUGAACAAAAUCUGGCCAGUUGCUCUCAUAGUGGUUGGGGACGUCAUAAUUGUGGGCAUAAUGAGGACGCUGGAGUUGAAUGUUCUUUAACAG